AUGGCGGCCCCGGGGACGGCGGACGGCGGCGGCGGCUCCGGCGACUCCGCGGGGCCCGCGACGGUGUCGCGGCGGGUGAAGUACGCCAGCCUGGGCGUGCUGGUGCUGCAGAACGCGUCCCUCGUGCUCAGCAUCCGCUACGUGCGGACCCUGCCCGGGGAGCGAUUCCUGCCCACCACGGCCGUGGUGAUGGCCGAGGCCAUGAAGGGCAGCGCCUGCCUGCUGCUGCUGCUCAUCCAGCACCGCGGCAGUGUCCGGCAGACGGCGGUGACGCUGCACGAGGCCGUGGUGGGACAGUUUGGGGACACUCUGCGCCUGGCUGUCCCCUCCCUGAUCUACACCCUGCAGAACAACCUGCAGUACGUGGCCAUCUCCAACCUGCCCGCGGCCACCUUCCAGGUCACCUACCAGCUGAAGAUCCUGACCACGGCGCUGUUCUCGGUGCUGCUGCUGGGCACGGCGCUGUCGCGGCUGCAGUGGCUGUCGCUGGCGCUGCUGUUCGCGGGGGUGGCGCUGGUGCAGGCGGAGCAGGCCCGGGCCGUGCCCUCGGCCGCGGCUCUGUCGCCGUCCCCGGGCCCCGAGGCGCCGGCGCAGAGCUACGCCGUGGGGCUGGCGGCCGUGGCCGCCUCCUGCCUGUCCUCGGGCUUCGCCGGCGUUUACUUCGAGCGGCUCCUCAAGCGCUCGGGCGGCUCCAUCUGGGUGCGCAACGUGCAGCUGGGCGCCGUGGGCACGGCCGUGGGGCUGGGAGCGAUGCUGGCCGCCGAGGGCCCGGCCGUGGCCGCGCUCGGCUUCUUCUACGGCUACAACGGCGCCGUGUGGGCCGUGGUGGUCAACCAGGCGGCCGGGGGGCUGCUGGUGGCCGUGGUGGUUCGCUACGCCGAUAACAUCCUCAAGGGGUUCGCCACGGCGCUGUCCAUCCUGGCCUCCACGGCCGCCUCCGCGCACCUCUUCGGGUUCCGGCCCCGCGCGCCCUUCCUGGCCGGCACCGCCAUGGUCCUGGCGGCCGUGGUGCUCUACGGGCGGCCCCGGGGAGCCGGGGGGCGCAGCCAGGACAGCGGCAAGUCUCCCAACAAGGACAAGGGCACCUGACGGCACCCAGCGACCCCUAAAGAAUCCAUAUGGACCCUCCCCUUCCCCCCUGUCCCUAUAGGGGCCAUAUGGAUCCUUCAGUCCCUAUAGGGCCCAUAUAGAGCCCUCAGUCUCUAUAGGGGCCAUAUGGACACUCCUGGUCCUUAUAGGGCCCAUAUGGACACCACCCCCUCUCUGGGGGCUAUAGGGACCACUGACACCCCCAGGUCCCUAUAGGGUCCAUAUGGAUCCCUCCUCCCCCCCAUCCCUAUAGGGAACUCAGGGACACUCCUGGUCCCUAUAGAGCCCAUAUGGACCCCUCAGUCCCUAUAGGGAUCAUAUGGACACUCCUGGUCCCUGUAAGGGCCAUAUGGACACUCCCCCCCCUAUGGGGGCUAUAGGGACCACUCACACCCCCAGGUCCCUAUAGGGCCCAUAUGGACCCCUCAGUCCCUAUAGGGAUCAUAUAGACACUCUUGGUUCCUAUAGGGCCCAUAUGGAUUCUCCCCCCUCUCUGGGGGCUAUAGGGACCACUCACAUCCCCAGGUCUCUAUAGGGCCCAUAUGGACACUCCUGGUCCCUAUUAGGGCCCAUAUGGAUCCCUCCUCUCCCCCGUGCCUAUAGGGAACUCAGGGACACUCCUGGUCCCUAUAGCAGCCAUAUGGACACUCCCCGCCUCCCCCGGGGGCUAUAGGGACCGCUCGCUCCCCCCGGGUCCCUAUAGGGCCCAUAUAGACACUCCCCGCCUCCCCCGGGGGCUAUAGGGACCGCUCGCCCGCCCCGGGUCCCUAUAGGGCCCAUAUGGACACUACCCCGGGUCCCUAUAGGGCCCAUACGGCCCCGCCGCGCGGUUUUUGGUGUCAAUUAAGACGAUUUUG